AUGCCGCCUCACCCUUUUCCUCGCCUGCACUACGGCUACCUCUUUUACGCUCUGUGCGAAGUGGUCUUUAGCUUCUAUCACGCUUACCUCGUCACAAAGGUUCAACAACCAGGUCCUCCACCCAACUUCAGCAAGAAGCUGUUGCGUACGGUGCUCAUCCGAGCACUAGAGACAGGCAUGGACGAUGAGGACGAAGAUGAGGAUGUGAAUGCGGAUAUAUCCGGGACCAUAUCCAGGGCUGAAUCGAUGGAGAGGCUGGGUGGAUCAGAGACGACAUCAGGCUCAAGCGACGUCAAGGCGCUGGGCUCUGGAUCCACCUCGCCCAUCCCCCUGUCUGGGACUCCAUCCCGAGCCCCAAGCCCUAUAGCGGGACACAGCCGACUGCGCGCAUCGAGCGUCUUGCCCAGCUUUGCAGUGGCUCGACCUUUGGACAAGGACGAUGUGCGCGCAAGACGAUUCAGGGACGAGCUUGCCAUGUGGUUCAUCGACGCGCGACCAGAGGAUGUGACGGCGAGAGCGGUAGAGAGAUGGCUGGCUUGGUCUUUGUAUGCAAAAGAAUUGGAAGAGGUGGAAGUCGAGGCUGAAAAUAGCCGCGUCAUACGAGAGCAGCAUGCCAGCGCCACUUUGAGAAGAGGACUGCCAAGACUCAGUAGCGGCGCGACUGUUGCUGCUGCGGUGGACAAUGUUAUGCCGCCUACCCCCACCAUCUCUCCGCCUCCAAGUCCUCUGCCGCCCAGCCACGAGUCUUUCCCACCCAGCCCGAUGCCGGGCAGGGAAGACUUUGGCGACGAAGCGGUCGAGGCUGCUCGGACUGCAGCAGAGUACGCUGCAGGCUGGUCCAAGCCUGGUGCACGGCUAGAGUUUUUGCUUUGGUGCCGGGAAAUGUUCGAAGCUAGGCAAGGGUUCGAGUUCCCGCGUAGGGCGACGAGCUGGAACGAGUCUGUAGGGGAGGAUGAGGAGAGCAUCAAGAAUGCGCCGCACGCUAGAGCUAUGAGGUUGACGAUUGAUCCGGUACGCGUGCAAAGCAGGCCUCUGGCUUGCUACCUCUUUGCCAAUGCCCUGUCGCGCUUCACCGUCAUGCGUGCCGAGUCGAACGGGUUUUCGCUAGAGCAGGAGGGCAGACUACGCUACCUCGUCCGUCGACCGCCUCGAUGGACUCGACAAUUGGCAGAGGCGAGGGACGCACGAACGGCAAGCCUGCAUAGACCCAUCAUCUUUCUGCACGGUUUAGGCAUCGGUCUAGGCCAGUACUCUACGCUCAUCAACCAGCUAGCAACUUCGCACUUGGCUAGCACCCACCCCAUCUUGGUUCCGCUAUUUCCUGCUACCAGUCAAGAUAUCUUUGAUGUCAACUUUUUGAAUCCUGUGGGACAUCACGAAAUGACGGCUACGCUGCGCGUCAUCAUUCAGAAGGAACACUGGCACAGGUGCGGCAUCACCAUCUUGAGCCACUCUAUGGGAACCAUUGUUGGAUCUUGGCUCGUGAAGAGCUUGGGCGCUUUGGUUCGCAGAAUGUGCAUCGUCGAUCCGGUCUGCUUUAGCCUUUGGGUUCCCGUGGUCAUCGGUAACUUUCUCUACAACAAGCCAGACACGCCAGUUCGGCACUUGAUGAGAUAUUUUGUCGGCACGGAGCUCGGAACGGCGCACGCUCUCUCGCGCCAUUUCAACUGGGCAUCCAACAUUCUCUGGCCUAGAGAAGAGAUUCAGAAUCUCUUGUCACCUCAUCAUACGCGCAUCUACCUCUCGGAGCAGGAUGCGAUCUUGGAUGCCAAAGCCAACAGAAGGUAUUUGAGAUCGUUUGGCAUGAAGGAUGCUAGCGAAGGUGGAGGCUUGACCAUGGCGAGGGGAGCGGCGCAUGGAGAGGUCCUCAUGGCGGGAGGAACACAUAUGAGGGAUAUCCUCGCUUGGCUGGACGAGCCCGAUGCAUGA